AUACGAUCGGCGACGUUAUCUUUCAAUGCAACGUUACCGCGAGCUGGGGCUCGAUAGGAUCUGGGGCCAUUGCUAGUUAAACCAACCUGAUAAGGGAUCGGGUUUCGCUGUGUGCGUGCCACAUCCGCACGUCGCUACACUUGUGUGCGGAGAGGGGAGCUGUACCGUACGCGAGCCAGUCACUAAAAUUACGCGGCAAAAGAAUGACGCCGCAAACCAAAAGUUGUGCUCUGCCUUGAAAAGUUGUGGUGUUGUGUUUUUGGACGUUUGUGAUGUUAUUGUGGUUGAGUUAUUUGAGGCAGUUGGAGCUAGCGUGCGCCGGUGCGGCCGCCCUGCCGCCAGGCGGCGCUGUCGGCGGGAAAACAAUGUGUGAGGACGAGGAAUGGGGAAACGAGAGCGAGGCGAUGUCAGGAGAACCUCGCACGCCGAGCUCUGGUGGGGAGCGCGUCGCCUCCAGUGGUGGGGCAUCGCCGGUUUCUGAGGGUUCUACCGCUGCUUCUCCGCCACGAUUACGUCUUAACACGAGUCUGGCGACUGAUCCCGCUCUCGCACCGCAAGCUACAUCUCUGAAGCAUGAACCGCCCUCUCCAUCACCUCCUCCGCCACCGGUCCAACAACCGAGAGAUUACUUGGCUGGCCUCACGGCUGCAAACUUUCCAGCGCUGUUUCCCGCAGCGGCCGCAACACCCCCGGGAUAUAUGUGCCAACCUUGUGGAAUACGAUAUUCUUCACUAAGUACUCUUCAAGCACACCAAGAACACUACUGUUCCAAACGGAGAACGAAACCUGAUGGCACGGAGACGUCUGCAGAUGCUGCAGCUGAUGAGUCGAGUGGAGACUCCAAAACGCCGCGACCUUUAGGCAAGCAAUACGCCUGCACCUAUUGCUCAUAUAGUGCUGACAAAAAAGUUAGUUUAAAUCGUCACAUGCGAAUGCAUUCCUCGUCGCCUGUUAGCAGUAGUACUCCGGUACUACCUCCCACCUCUAAUGGCGAAGCUGUGGAAGGUCAGCCAGCACAAGACCGAUAUUGUGUAGACUGUGACAUACAUUUCACUUCAGUUAAAACUUUCCGGGCCCACAAAGCACAUUACUGCAACACGCGGCAAGUCGUCAAACAAGCAUUGGCUGCAGCCAGAGCAGGUUCAGCAACAUCAGGGUCGGCGCCACCAUCUCCUGGGGCAACUCCUCCUGCACAGAAUCAAUAUGCUUUGGCGCUACCAACAAAUCCAAUUCUCAUAGUCCCAUAUUCGAUAUUAAGAAGUGCUAGCACACUACCUGGUACUACCUUGCCAGACCCUGAUACACCGUGCUUUUUAUUACCAAACGGAACAUUCCAACCCCUUAGCAGAGCGUUACCAAAUUUAAAUACAAAUGAAGUCAAGGAGCCCGAAGUUUUAAAGUCUGCGAAUAGACCGCGUGAGCAAUCUCGUGACGGCACUACGCCAUUAGAUCUGAGCGUGCGGCGUUCUCCGGAAUCUGUAACGCCAGACGAACAUGAAAAGGAGAAUAGAAUUCGUUCCACAACCCCUGAGCAAAUUGUUUGCGCUCCAUCGUUACCCGGCUCUCCUGGAACCCCAUCUCCUUCGAGGCGAUCAUCCUCUCCAAGCGGGGAAAGCUCUCCUAAACGAAGUCGACGUAGUUCAAGAGGGCCGACACCAAAACCGCCGAGCAUACCUUCGCCCCCUGAAGAAAAAUUUCCUCCAGUCGUGCCAGCGCCAAUCUUACCUCCCGGUUUGGCGUUAAGACUUGCCACAGACUUACCUGUAACGGUGCCACCCCAAGUACUGGUUAAGCAAGGGGUUUCGAAGUGCAAAGAAUGCAACAUAGUGUUUUGCAAAUUCGAAAACUAUCGGAUACACAAACGGCAUUAUUGUUCCGCUGGUGGAGGGGAGGAGAGAGCUAGUCCUGCGCCCCCGGAGCCUGGUCCGCCGCCGCAGUACCGACAGCUCAUUUGCCUAGCGUGCGGCAUACAUUUUAGUUCGCUGGAUAAUUUGACAACUCAUCAGGUGUAUUACUGUACGAAGAGGGAGACUCGGUCACCGCGCAGCGUGCCCGAGACGCCGAGGCCAGCUUCUGGUUCCGACGGUGGAUGGAAAUGCCCUUGCUGCGACGUGGUGUCGCCGACGGCCGCAACAGCACAGCGGCAUAUGGAAGCACAUGCUGGCGUGAAAGCGUUUCGCUGCACGAUCUGCCGGUACAGGGGGAACACGCUGCGGGGCAUGCGCACUCACAUACGCAUGCACUUCCGGGAAAAGCCUGCUGAUCUACAGGAGGAGAGCUACAUCUCAUGCGUAGUCGAGGAAGAAACUCGCGAGACAACAUCCCCAGCCCCAGCCGUGGGCGAGAGAGUCCAUCGAUGCAGUUCUUGCGCUUACACCUCCACGUACCGAGGUAACGUGGUACGACACGCGCGAUUAGUCCAUGCGACCGAGGAACCAGAAUCCGAAGACACGACCUCCCCGAUCCCAACUGUGGACAUAAAAAAGGAGCCAGACACAGAGGAAGAUUCCCCAAACUUCUGCAAAUUCUGUAACAUACCAUUUAAGUACGGCAACUCUUAUAAAGCUCACAAGCAAUUCUAUUGCAAAGCUAACCAAGAGGCUGCGGCUAACAAUAAUGUGCCGGCAAGGGUCAAUGAUGCGUCGGUUGUAUGAAACGGUGGUUCUAAAAAUAUUAGCGAUGUUGUUGUGAAAUUAUUCAAAACUUUCUUUAAAAAAAGUAUUUGAAUAUUACCUUAAAAAUAUUAACGAAAGCUCUGUAAAUGACUAUGAAAUAUAAAUAAAUCAAAAAUCUAUCUUAAUAAUAUUUAAAAUACGUACUAGGUAUCUGCCUGCAACGUUGUCGUAAAAUCUAGGUAGCCUAUGCCAGUUUUUGGGAUGCAAGCAAUCUCUGUAUCUCCUUUUCGUUAAAACGGAUAAGGGUGAAAAGACACAAACGCACAUUUGCAUUUUUAUAAAUGCGAAAUACUAAUAUUACUAUUAGGUAGUAUGGACAUAUUAAAUUAAAUUUACUAUAAUUUUCCGUUUGUUUGUAUAACAUGGAAACUGACUCAUCUAAAAUGUACAAUAUAUAGGAUACUUACACAUGUUAAAAUGAGUAGUUCAAAUACCAUUCCAUAAAAUUCAGAAAAUGGUAAAUGUUAAAGAACAACCCAAAAAUAUUUUCAAUGUAGGUACUGAAUGCUCAGAAAAUAAUUUCACAAAAAAAUCGCCAAUUUUACUAAACCACUCUUACCUUAUAGGUUUUAAUCGUCAAUCUUAGCUUCCUUCGCUUCCGAACGUUUAAAUGUCUCUAUAAUAUUAACACGUUAUCGGAACUAUUCGAAUUAUGUGCAAUAAUUUAUCAAGUUAAAUGUAAAAAAUAUCGAUAUCGAUUUAAGGACCUUAACUGUACUGCAUAUCAAAGCCAAAUCGAUGUUUUGACAUUCAAGUGACAAUUCACUGAGUGAACGGAACGAAUGAAAUCUCGGCAAAUGUAAAUACAGCCCUAUUUAGAUUUUGUUAUAUCGUAAUUGUUAUUGUAAAUCAUUAAUUAACUAGUUAAAAAAAAGUUAACCUCUUUCGUCAUUUGUAUUAGUAUACGUUAAAAUACCAAAUUGUAAAUAUAUUCUGUAAAGAUAUUAUUAUCGCAUUAUUAUUGUAAAACUAAAUUUUAUUACCAUUUGUUCUAAGUGAUUGUUCUUUCUUUGUUGUUAUUGUAAUUUUUGUUUAUUAUUAUUGAUAAUAAGGUAUUCUUAAGGCUCCAAUACACAUUGGACUAAUGUGUUCGGAGAGUGCCGACCAAACGUGUAAGGAUGCGUUUCCACUAAAGCGGGGCGGAGAUAUGUUCCAACAUGUAUUAUCACGACAAAAUGUGAUCACUUGAUAAAUAAAAUCUCUGCUUCAGUUGAUUGGCAUCCUUAGGAUGCGAUUUGGUUUCGAAGACGAGAGAAGCGAAGCAGACUUGAGUUCUUUGACCAAUGAGAUUAUUAAUACAUUAGUGAUAAAAUUAUCAAGUGAUCAACCAUUAAUAAGAUCAUUCCUCAGCGUCUCUAUUUCACUUGUCUCGUCUUCAGUGGAAACGCACCCUAAUCGCUGUUUGCGAUAUGUAACAAAACCCUUUGAUGUUUGAAUCAAACCCCACAAAAGUUGGCUAACCGACUCGCGCUGGCCGCACGCUGAAAAUGUACGUCAAGUGGCCCUCUGCACAUUCACCAAAUGCAUUGGCCAAUGUGUAAUGGACUCUUUAUAUAUGAACUUUACCGAACUUUGCUAAGCAAUCGAAUGCUCAUUCCAUUUUUUCCGUGCUUUUACAAAGUUUCUGCCGAUUUUAUUAAUUUUUUUAUUUUGGUGACACUACAUGGUAAUAUUUUACAAUUAACUACUAACUAGGUAGUCUAUUAUCAAAAUAUUGUCAUUUUUUCUUUGAGUAGGUACAUUAUAAAAUACAACAAAUUUUAUUAAUACAAUUUUUACGCCAUUUUCUUUAAAUCAAUAAAUGGUUA